UUUAAUUCUAGCUGUGCUCCAGACACAGCUGUGUGUGUAGCCAGUGUCACUGUCUCAUGCUUUUUUUUUAAUAUUUAUUGUGCAGUCGUGCUAGCUAGUGAAAAUAGCUACGUCUGGCUCUGAAAUAAUAUUCCUAUGGACAUGGACAUCCAUUUUAUUAUCCACCUAAGAUAAUAAUUACACUUUAAAACUAAAAUCUCCUCACUAAUAUUGAAUCCCAUAACGCAGUUUUUAUUUUAUUUGUUUUUUUUUUUUUUUUUAAAUAUUUAUCCGUACCACUACACCACAACUGUCAGUGAGAUCCUGAGCACCUUUUUGUACUUGUAUCUCUGUGCCGUCUUUAAUAAUGCAUUUUAAGUGGAGUGCUUUUUUUUAUUAACUGUCAUCGUUCAAUGUCACUUUUUUUCUUCAUAAAAAAAUCUCUGAAGAAAUUUUAAUAUCAAUUUUAAAUUAGUGACAUGAUUAAUACUUAAAACUUAAGAAGUUUAUUUUUAAAUGCCCAGUGAAUGAGGAGCUAGAGGAUUAUUAUCCAGAUUUGGAGACAAUAGUGAGGCUGCUAGGUUAUAAAGCCUGAACUAACUUCCACAACGCGUCACGCGGGUGUGGUAGGUCUAUGGGGGGCUCCGCCGCAUCAGCACCAGCGGACCCCCUGCUGCAGCUCGAGUCAUCACGGGGCCAACUGCUGGAGUUCCCUAGGUGUCUUAGGACGUACUGGGACGCUGUCCUCGACCUCGAGCUUACCUUCCCCGGGUUUUGGGACCAAACAAAUGAAGAGUCCCUCAGGGAUCAUGAGGCAGUCUAGCCUCACUAAGCUCGGGUCUAUGAUUAAUACUGCUGUCAAUAAGAGAGCUGGCAAUGGUGACAUUCAGUGGUGCUUUUCCCAGGUGAAGGGGACACUCGAGGACGAUGUCACUGAUGCUGAUAUAAUCUCAUGUGUGGAAUUUAAUCACGAUGGGGAUCUUCUGGCUACGGGAGAUAAGGGAGGACGAGUGGUUAUUUUCCAACGAGACCCUAUAAGUAAAAAUAGUAUACCAAGACGAGGUGAAUACAACGUGUACAGUACAUUUCAAAGUCAUGAGCCCGAGUUUGAUUAUCUAAAAUCGUUAGAGAUAGAAGAAAAAAUAAAUAAAAUAAGAUGGUUAAAACGAAAAAACCCGGCGCAUUUUUUGUUAUCGACAAAUGACAAGACAAUUAAACUAUGGAAAGUUAGCGAGCGCGACAAGAGAGUCGAGGGCUACAAUACCAAGGAGGAAAGCGGAGCAGUACGUGAUCCAGCGUGUAUCACUGCCUUGCGAGUACCAACCAUAAAGCCGAUGGAGCUGAUGGUUGAAGCCUCUCCUAGAAGAAUAUUCGCAAACGCCCACACCUACCACAUUAACAGUAUAAGUGUAAACAGCGAUCAAGAAACGUACCUAAGUGCCGACGACCUCAGAAUAAAUCUUUGGCACCUGGAAAUAACUGAUCAAAGUUUUAAUAUUGUAGACAUUAAGCCAGCGAAUAUGGAGGAGCUGACGGAGGUCAUCACCGCAGCAGAGUUCCAUCCUGUUGAGUGUAAUUUAUUGGUUUACAGCAGCAGUAAGGGUACGAUAAGGUUGUGUGACAUGAGAUCUGCAGCUCUUUGCGAUCGUCACAGCAAACUUUUCGAGGAGCCUGAAGACCCAACAAAUAGAAGCUUCUUCUCCGAAAUUAUUUCUAGUAUAAGUGAUGUCAAGUUAAGCAAUUCCGGCCGUUACAUGAUCAGUAGAGACUACCUCAGUGUCAAAGUGUGGGACUUACACAUGGAGACAAAGCCUAUUGAAUGUUAUCCUGUACACGAAUAUUUGAGAUCAAAGUUAUGUUCUCUUUAUGAAAAUGAUUGCAUUUUUGAUAAGUUCGAGUGUUGCUGGAGCGGCAAUGACUCGGCUAUAAUGACCGGCUCUUACAACAAUUUCUUCCGUGUCUUUGAUCGAACAUCUAAGCGUGACCUUACUUUAGAAGCGGCACGUGAUAUUGCCAAGCCAAAAACACUUCUAAAACCACGCAAGGUUUGUACGGGAGGUAAACGUAAAAAGGAUGAAAUAAGCGUCGAUUGUCUAGAUUUCAACAAGAAAAUUCUGCAUACUGCAUGGCAUCCUUCGGAAAAUGUAGUUGCCGUAGCAGCUACGAACAAUCUCUUCCUAUUCCAAGACAAACUCUAGCACAUUUAUGUGCAGAUUAUUCAACGCUUUAUAUUGACCUGAAUGUGAUGCACGGCGUUGAACAUUUUUAAGCCGUUAAAGAAGUGAGUGUCUAGCUGUUUGUAUAAAAA